AGCUCAUGCUAGCGUUGCAGCAAUAAAGCAUUGAAGCUAUGACGAUGGAAGCCACUGUACAGCGAGGUCCUUAAACUACCGUAGCCAUUUGCCCACGUGUAUGGGUAACGAAUCCACAAAGCCGUUAACUGUCAUUCAUUUUGAAUCCUUUUGGACCAUUUUGAAUAUCACAAGGCAUUGAAUUUACCGUGAGAACAAUAUGAAAAUACAGUUUUAAUACCAACAUCUUCCAAGUUUAGCCAGAACUUCCUACAUCAGAAUGAAGGAACGGACAGAUGCUCCUCAGGACCGGGGCUGCCUGGUGGGGAUCUGUUUCUUCAUUCUGGGCCUGGGAACGCUGCUACCAUGGAACUUCUUCAUGACUGCCUCUUUGUAUUUCCAGGCUCGCCUCAACACCACAGAAUUUAGCAACAGCACCACGGUGGUCCGCACAGAGUACUACUUCAACAACUGGAUGACCCUGCUGUCCCAGCUGCCCCUGCUGCUGUUCACCCUGCUCAACUCCUUCCUGUACCAGAGGAUAUCAGGGGCCGUGCGCAUCGCAGGCAGCCUGGUUUUCAUCCUGCUGCUCUUCAUCCUCACAGCAGUGCUGGUCAAAGUGCCCAUGGAGGAAGACCGCUUCUUCUCCGUCACCAUGGCUACUAUCUGGUUCAUCAACUCCUUCGGGGCCGUGCUGCAGGGCAGUUUGUUUGGCUUGGUGGGGCUCCUGCCGCAGAAGUACAGCACGGUGUUCAUGAGUGGCCAGGGCCUCGCCGGGACCUUCGCUGCCAUCGCCAUGCUGCUCGCCAUCGCCAGCAAUGCCGACUCUGAGACCGCAGCGCUGGGUUACUUCAUCACGCCAUGUGUCGGGACGCUGGUCACGCUGGGAAGCUACGUCCUGCUGCCCCGCCUGGAGUUUGCCCAGCAUUAUCUGAACAAAAGCGUAAAGUAUGAGGCAGGCGCCAUGGACGAGUUGCUGAAAGAGAGCGGCCCAGUGGAGAACGGCAAGCUGAACGGCCAUGCUAACGGCACAGCGACCAGCAGCAGCCCCAAGGUAGGGGCUGAGCUGGAGGGAGACCCCGGGACAGACGGGCCCAAGCACGCCUUCGUGUCGCUGGAGCAGGAGGAGAAGGGGCAGGCUAAAGCCUCCGUCAAAGAAGUCUUUAAAAAGAUCUGGGUGAUGGCCUUCUGCGUGACCUUCGUGUUCACAGUCACUCUGUCUGUCUUCCCCGCUGUCACCGCGGAUGUCAGGACCUCCUUCCCAGGGAAAUGGGAGCGCUUCUUCAUCUCAGUGUGCUGCUUCUUGAUUUUCAACCUCAACGACUGGAUCGGUCGGACCGUCACCACCUUCAUUUGUUGGCCUGGUAAGGAGUCUCGCCUGUUCCCGCUGCUCGUCGUCUCCAGGGUGGUGUUCAUCCCGCUGCUGAUGCUCUGUAACGUCCAGAAUCGCUCCUUCCUGCCCGUCUUCUUCAGCCACGACGCUGCUUUCGCCAUCAUCAUGGCGCUCUUCUCUCUGUCCAGCGGGUACUUCGUCUGCCUGUCCAUGUCCUACGCUCCGCAGUUGGUGGAUCCGAAGGACGGAGAGACUGCCGGAGCCCUGAUGACCUUCUUCUUGGCCCUCGGGCUGUCCAUAGGAGCCUCCCUGUCCUUCCCCCUACGAGCUCUGGUGUAGUCACACACACUUAAAGGAGUAAUCACAUUAGUUUUGUCCCUCCUGGCCGACUUCCUCGUUUCUGUCCUCUGUCAGGUGCGGUGUGAUGCACGCUGGUGACGCUGUGGAGGGUGCUGUUUUAAUAGUGACUUCCACAGUUCCUGUUAAAGUAGGAAUAAGGGAUAAACUGUAUGAAUGGUUUUGUCACGUGCUGCUAAAACACAUGUGGGAAAUACUUCCUCUCUGUGCAGCUGGACGGAUUUUGUUCAAAUUUCUACAUUAUCAGAUGUAUUUAUGUUUAAUUAAGGUUAGUCGCUUUAGGGUAUUACGCUGUGUGUUUAUUGGAUGGCUUGAAUGCUUUGUGUUAGAGUUAUUAUUUGAGGUAUUUCUGGUGCACUUUUCUUCCUUUGAAUAUUUUGUAUUUUGUUUUAAACAACAGUUACAUCAGUAGAACAAAUGUAAUAUAGUAAUGUUUAAUUCCCAAUCGAGGGUUAGGGACCUGCCUCAAAGGCCUGUGUGGAUUACUGAAUGAGGCCAAACAGUCAGGGGCCCUGGACCCCUGUUAGAACAGUAUUUCCUGUUGGAACUUAAACUAUAUAAAAAGACCUGUACAUUACCACAAAGAGGCGCACUAUGAACAAAAUGACUACAAAGACAUUUCAAACUGACAAAGUGACAAAAAAAUGGGAUGAAAACAUUUGUAGUCCUUUGUUGUUGGGGUAGUGCUCCUUUGGAGAGGUGGGGGGGCAUUAAGGUGUCUCCUUAGGAGCACAUUGUUUAGUUAAUUACCUUUUUAUAUUUCUCUCUCCUAUCGGAGCUGUUGUUUCUCUAACCUCCUGGCUGCUACUGCCCUCUACUGGUGACAUCAUGUACACCAGGGGUGUCCAAACUUUUUUCACUGAGGGCCACAUACAGAAAAAUAUACGGAGAGCUGGGCCACUGAUAGAGGUGAAUAUUGUCUCAAAAGUUAAGUUAUAAGUUAGCAAAACAAAUCAAAUGUAGGUGAAUAAUGCGCGAUACUGAAAACGCUUUCAGAAAAAAACAGCCUACAUCCCGUCUGUCUUUAGGGUUCAUUUACUCUGUUGGCAGCUCAUUCCUUAAAACAGAAGCCUCAGAUUGCUGAUAAUAAGAGUAAAUAUGAAGGUUCAGUUUUUUUUAAUCAACUAAGAUUUGUUAGACAGAUGUUUUACAUUCUAAAUGACUGAAUUUAUUUGAAAAUUGGCUCGUUAAUACAUUUCAACAUAUAUAUUUGAGAAGUACAAUAUAAGACAAGCAGAAGUUUAAUUUGUGGGCCAUAUUGCGAUAUACUUUUAGAAUUUGCAGAGGGCCGAUUCAAAAUGGCCUGCGGGCCACAUUUGGCCCCCGGGCCGAAAAUUGGACACCCCUGGUGUACACCUUCAGGAAUGACUGCUUUACGGUCACUGCUACUACUACUACUACUACUACUGACAGAAGUGCACCGCGGUUUAUCUGGUGGCAGAUUGUAGGUUAACAGGUUGUAUGAGUAGGACCACAUUCUUCUGCUGUCAUGAAGAAGUAGAUUUACUUUCAGAUCCUCCAACUGCUGCAGCUUUGUUACUGACGGUUCAAAUGUAGUGGAGCUGCUGUUGCUGUAAGCCAUUUCAAAACACAUGAAUCAUGUGGAAAUUAGAUGAUUUUAUUUUGUACAGAUAUUGAAUUUAACCAUGUCAAAUAGUAUUGGACUUUCUCAGACAUAGCUGCCAAUGUGCCAGGCUCCAAUGACAGUGCUGUUAUGAGUUGUUUUCUUACUGUAGUGCACAGAAAUGUAUAGGAAGCAACCUAAUGAUGUAGAUUUUUUUAUGGUUAUGAUAUCUUUAUAGGUUGAAUUUAUUGCUUACAUGCUAAAGAAGCAUUCUUUUAGGAUUCAAAGUGUUUUUAUUUGAUUUAGUGAUGAUGUAAAUAAGGAGAAUUGCGAGUGUGAGUUUACUGUUUCGUGUAAAUGGGGAAAAGUGACCGCUGCCGUUUCAAAUGCACCAAGGGCUGAGUCCUUAUGAAGGGAGCAAUAUAAAUGGGACUUAUUUUAAAAAGUUACUUGAUUCGUGCUGCAUUCACAUUUAGUGGGAAUUUGAACUGAACAAACAUGCAUUUAUAUUUGAAAAAACAAAUGUCUGUUUUAAUGCAGUUAAUGAUCAACAUCUUCAGUAAGGAGUGGAGUGAGUGAGCGGCACAAUGUCAAUGCAGCAUCAGUUUUUUGGACGGAGAACUCGGACCAUGAUUUAACCCCGGGAACCUAAUGUGUAGUUCAAUGACAUAACUCAAGGAACAACCGUUUAAUUCAUACUGCUGUUCUUUAUCUGUAUUUUGGCUUCUACUUCUAAACCAAACAAAUGUUGGUUUCUGGAGUUCUCUGGAAAAUAACACAUCGGUCAUAAUCAGCCUUAAUAAUGAUGAAACCCAGUUUUUAAGUUUUAUGUUCACGUCACAUUGGAUUGACUGUAAGUACUGCCUCCCUGUAGUGAUACGUAUGUGCUUGUGCUGCUAAUUCCAGACGUGCUAACAUGGAGCACAGCUCAGUCCUGUAACCUAAGCAACAGCACCAGAGUAAUCUUGGGUCCAUGCAUUCAAAGCAACAUGUCAUUCAAAUGUGUAUUCUCUGUUGUGAGGGGGGGCCACAUCCAUGUGAUCCAUUAUGUGCAGGUCACCUGUGCUCCAUGCAAACAGACCAGACAGGGUCAGGAUCUGCCGGAUCACUGAGUUAGGAAAGGGAAUCCAUGCAUCUCAUAAGUUUCUUUAUAGAUUUGACUGAAUAAAUGGAUGCUUUCAA